AAGCACAAAAAAAAAAAAAAAGAGCAAGCUUUAGAAAAAUGGUGAUUUUAUCGGCGAGCUCCACCGUGAGAGCUGCCUUAGAUACACAACCUAGACUUCCGUACAACCCUAAUGCGCCGCGGAAAGUGAAGAAGAACCCUAACAGUAAUUCUUUCUUACCGCCGCCGUUACCUGCACCGUCUCCGGUAAUCAGCAUCUCCGUCGCCGAUUUGCUCAAGCGUCCUCCUAGUAAAGAGUUACAACCUGUUGACGUUGAUGAUACUUAUAUGGGAUAUGAGACAUGGUCUCCAAGUCCACCAAAGUUGGAGAAACCAAGAUCAGUCUUCAAUGCUGCUUCAUUAGCUUUUAUAGGCGAUUCCAUUUACGAGCUUUAUGCUCGUAGGCAUUUUCUUUUCCCUCCCCUUAGUAUUGAAGACUAUAACGACCGUGUUAGAGCAGUGGUGCGCGCUGAAGCCCAGUAUGCAUUGCUGAAGAAGCUUGUUGAUGAUGAUUUCUUAACAAAAGAAGAGAGGGAUGUGCUCAGGUGGGGAAAGAAUCUAGGUUCCGCUAGAACACGUACAAGAAGGCGUGCAGGUAAUGCGGUUUAUAACAAGGCAUCAUCAUUGGAGACACUAAUUGGUUAUCUAUAUCUGACGAAUGGGAAAAGAUUAGAAAAAAUAAUGCAGAAGCUAGGAUUCUCAAGCGAUUCUUCAACUGAGAUCAUAAUUGAAGAGGCCAAGCCUAAACCAGCAGAAUCAAACCUGACAAACUUUAUACUCAACGAGCAAGUGGUGUCACAGUAGUUAUAGCAAAGGUCGUAACUCUCCCGGAUCAUGGGAAAGCUGAACUGAAGAAUCAAAGUUUCUUUAGUAGGCCGGUUUAGCAUCACAGUGCUCGCUUAACCGGAGAAGACAGUGUUUUCCAUAUGUAGUAGUACAUACGUAUGUAUGAAUGUGUUGCUGUUGCAAAUCAAAAUGCCUGCCCAUUUUUGUCUAGGGUCCCAACCAUUUGAACCAUGAUAGUGUAUUAACAACACAUAUAUGAUAUAUAAACAAAAAGAAGAUAUAUUAGCUAUUAGCAUUCUAA